GAAGUGCAGCCGUAAAGUUCAGCGUGAAAAAAGUCAGAAUCUUUAAUUCUGCUUAAAUUUCUUGCAAAAAUGGGUUUCGGAGACUAUCCAGCAGAAUAUAAUCCAAAGGUUCAUGGUGUUUAUGAUCCAGCACGCUUCUAUGGCAAACCUGACACUCCAUUGAGCCAGGUCAAAGUUAGCGAAUUAGGAUCAUGGUUCGGAAGACGUAAUAAAUCACCAAGUGCUGUUGCUGCUGCUUGCUCACGAGCAUGGUGGAGAUGGCAACACAAGUAUAUGCAGCCAAAACGCAGUACAAUGGCUCCAUAUUUCCAACUUGUUGUUGGAUCUAUGAUUUUCUUCUAUGCCAUUAAUUACGGAAAGAUGAAGGCUCACAGAAACUACAAAUACCAUUAAACAAGACUUUCCAAAUUCUUCAACGUUUGCAAAGCAUACAGCUCUUGAUGAUACUUUAAAAAUCAAUGAAAUUUCAACAAAAAUCCAUUAAA